AUGUCCGCCGCAACAGUAGAUGCACCAAAAGCUCUUCGAUUCCUCGAGAGAGUGGGCACCGAAGACUCAACUUCCGACAAAAUCAAUCAUACCCAGCCAUCGCCUCAGCAAGCCACUGUCAAAUUGAAUGUCGUGAUUGUGGGUGCAGGACUAUGUGGACUGUCACUUGCCGUUGCUCUCAGCAGACGAGGACAUACGGUCCAGCUACUGGAGCAGGCUUCCCUGCUCGGAGAGGUUGGUGCGGGCAUUCAGAUUCCUCCCAACUCUGGACGACUACUCCAGCGCUGGAAUGUACUUCAGCACCUGCACAAGAAUGCAGUCCAGCCUGAGAGCAUAUAUUUCCGUCGAUGGGAGACCGGAAACACGAUUGGACACACAGCUCUGGGGCAGAAUUUCCGAGACCAUUUUGAAGUGCCGUAUUAUGUGGUUCACCGCGCGCAUUUUCAUGAGGCACUGUACCAGCGGGCGUUGGAGCUCGGCGUGUCGGUAAAACUAGGGUGUAGAGUCAAGGAGUACGAAGAGAGCAAAGGCUCAGUGGUGCUUGAGAGCGGCCAAAGAAUCCGUGGAGAUCUCAUCAUAGCCGCAGACGGUAUCAACUCAACGGCACGGGCAACACUAUUUCCCGACACCAACAAUGAGCCAGAUUUUAACGGCUUUGCAGCCUAUAGAGCUACAGUCCUCAUUAGAAGAAUGAAAGAAGACCCAGAUCUCGCUUCGAUAUUAGAAAAGCCAGCUUUAAACAUAUGGAUUGGCGAAGACCGACACGUCAUGACUUAUGCGAUCGCGGGCGGAGAGUCAUUUAACAUGGUCUUGUCUCACAUCGACCGUUCAAAUCCAGCGACUUGGGCGAAAAAGUUUCUCAAAGAAGAUGUUCAGAACGAAUUUAAAGGAUGGGAUCCGAGGCUCACAAAGAUCAUCUCCCUUAUCGAUGAAUGCCUCAAAUGGCCUCUAAAAGUUGGCCGCCGACUCCAAACGUGGACGUCGCCUUCGUCUCGGUUGAUCAUCGUAGGCGACGCUGCCCAUGCUAUGCUGCCCUACAUGUCACAAGGUGCUGCGAUGGCCGUGGAAGACGGUGCCGCGCUUGCCGUCGUUCUUAACAAAAUUACAUCGCUGGAACAACUCCCGUUUGCCCUGCAAUUGUUUGAAAAAGAGCGGAUGAAACGGUGUGGAGACAUGCAAAACGCUAGUACAGUGAAUGGAUACAUUUGGCACUUCCCUGAUGGCCCGGAGCAAGUAGCAAGAGAUUCUGCAAUGUCUGCUGAGGUUGCAGGCCUUCCAUUUACUAGUAGCGCUAAUCAGUGGAGUGAUCCGGUCACACAAUGGUGGGCGUAUGGAUACGACGCCGAGAGUUCCAUGGAAGAAGUAUGGAACAAAUCUAUCCGAGAAUUGAUUGAACGCGCAGCUAAAUUAUAA